CAGCAGUUGGCGAGGAAGGACCAGCAGACCAGGAGGAGCAGCUUUAAGCAAUCCAUCAAAUAAAUCCAGUGGUCCUGGUUGGCCGGCUGACCAACUGCUGCGAUCUGGAUGCCAUGAAACCGAAGAAAUCGGCUUUUGCCAACACAUCCACUGGAUACGGCAGGCACAAACACAGCGGACACGGCAAGGGACACGGCCACACUCAAGGACAUUCCGGCAAGGAUAAAGCCGAGGGGGGCGGCAAGGCCAAGACCCAAAAGCCAAAGGAUCAGCAUGAACAAAAGGAGGAGGACAAGGAUCUGAACUCCGGUUUCGGCGACUAUCUUCGCACACCGGAGGCAUUUGAGAUGAUGAAACUCUUCGUCUUUGCCAAUACAAUAAUGCUAAUUGUCACCAUGGCCUGGCCGCAUAUCAAGGAACAAUUCUUCAUGAUCAAUCAGUGGCUAGAAAGUUUUCGCGAAGAGCAUCGGCAGUAA